AUGGCAUUGGCUCUUCGCUCUCUCUUCCUCCUUUGCGGGUUGACCGGACUGUUGACAGGAGUUGGGUCUUUCCCUUCCAAAUUUUUCAAAGACGUGAGCUGUCCUGAAGGAUGGACACAGCUGGACUGCAAGUGUUAUAUCUUCCAAAGUGAAGAGAGGGAGUUUGCAGAUGCAGAGGCUGUUUGCAACGUUCUAGGUGGCAAUAUGGUCUCCAUUACCAGUGACUUGACGAAUGCGGUUGUGCAAGAGCUGAGUGAUGACGCUGAUCAAGUCUGGCUUGGACUUCAUGAUACCAUUGAGGAGGGAAGCUACUUUUGGACCGACGGCACAAACAAUGAGUACGAUAACUUUGCUACGGAUCAGCCAAGCAGCGACGAUGGUGACUGUGUAGAGAUGGAAACAUCAAGGAUGCUGGCCACUAGGACAUUCUUCUUGGAAUCCUGUCUUCUGUCACAAUUGAGUUCCUUGAUCAUGACGGCUCAGCUGCACGAUAACGACCUUUAA